CUUGCCGAUGAUUGGCAGUUUAGUGCGCUCUUGUGGUGUUCGUGAUACGGGUCUAGUGCAAAAUGACAGACUUGCCUAAAAUAUAUUGAUGUUUUAUAUUGAAAGAAGCUUCUAGGCAAAGGACUGAGUCAUCGAAAUGUCACACGGCACAUACAAUCAAUUAUGGGCUGAGGCUCAGACAAGUAUUGAUGAUCUUUUGCCUCGGGAAAUACCACUUGAGCCUCCGAGGCCUGAAAAAGAUAGAUUGACGGUAUUUCAGACGCUUGCUACUCUCUAUAUCAAAUAUAUCCAAAUACUUCGAAAACUUGAAGCAUCUUAUGAUCAGAUAGUUCAUCCUCAAAAAAGAAGAGUCUUGCGUCAAGUUGUUGAUGGAACAGUAGGAAGAUUGUUGGAAGUAAAAAAUGAAAUGGUCAACUUGGAAUUUUCAGAGUUUCAUUAUUUUGAUGACAUCCUCUCAGAUCUGAAACUCACUCCUAAUGAUAUAGAAAUUCCAGUACCAAAAUACUACAGAUAUGAACGCAAGAAGAUAUUGAAGGAUCGAGAGCAGUUGUUGGGAAGCAUUCUUUCCAAAAUGGGUCCAAGUUUGACAGAUAAGGAAAAAGACGUGAAGCAGAUGUCUCUUGAGGAAGCGAUUCGACUUAUUCAAGUUCAUGAACGUGCUAGACAAGGACGUCUUCGAGCUAAAUUUAUGAAAGAGAUUCGAAUGGAAGAAGAGCGAGAAAGAGUUGCGGCACAGAGAGGAGCUCCCACACUUGAUCCCGAUGUUGCGGCAACAAGAAUUCAGAAGAUCUGGAAAGGAUUUGUCAGAAGAAAAUUAACAAGAAAACAAAGAGAGGAAGAAAUGAUUUUCAUUGGAAUGGUUCCAACGAAAGAGUCCAGACCAAAAAAAUUUUUACCACAAACUCUUGCUGAAAACACAGAGAUGGCACGUCGUGUAACACAAGAUGAAUAUGAAGUAGAAUACCAGCAAGCUCUUGUUACUGUAAAAGAGAAAAUACGGGAAGUUGAAGGACCUGAUAUGAAGGAAAGAAUGCAAGAUCAAAUUCGGCAAUGGUUUAUUGAAUGCAGAGAUGCAACUGGUAAGUUUCCUGAUUAUCCUGAUGAAGAAGAUGGAGGAUCAGCUCUUUUAUUCAAGGAAAAAACACCUGAAGAGGUUGAAGCUGAAAUGGCUGCAAAAGAAGAAGAAAAAGGUGGAAAAAAGAAAGGAAAGAAAGGGAAAAAAUCAGGAAAGAAGAAAAAGGGAAAGAAAUCAGGAAAGAAAGGCAAGAAGGGAAAGAAAGGUGGUGGUGACGAAGAGGAAGAAGAACCAGGAUGGAAAAUGGCUCCAUCAAACUUUUUACCAGAGGUUGAGCAAGCUCAUAGAGGGUUUCGAGACGUGUGGAUGACAAGAGAUGAGAGUGGCAAUUUUCAACAAAAACAUGACAAUGAAUUAAUCAAAGAAAAGAAGAGACUAGAAGUUGAAGAUGAAGUUAGGAAACAAGUUGAUGAAUUAAUGAGAGAGGAAUUGAAUAAUUUGAAAAUGGCACUUGAUCGUGACAAAGGUAAGAAGGGGAAAAAAGGGAAAAAGAGCGGAAAGAAGAAAAAGAAGAAAGGUAAGAAAAGUGGUAAGAAGGGAAAGAAAGGAAAAAAAGAGAAAGAUUUGACAGCUGAUAGAACAAUUGAAUCAUUGUAUGAAGAACUUGUACAACAAGGAAUCCUAGUUCGUUCUCCACAGAUAUAUUUAAAAGACUACAUCGGGGAUUACAGCUAUCUUGGAACAACUUUAAGACAAGCUGACAUUGAACCAAUGCCUUCAUUAUCUGAUGUCAGACAACUUGUUGCUUUGUAUGGGAUUCUACCUCUUGGAUCACAGUUUGUUCACCAGAACAUGCCACAAAUAAAGUCUAUUUUACUUGCUGGACCUCGGGGUGUUGGAAAGAAGAUGCUUCUUCAUGCGAUUUGUACUGAAACUGGAGCUAAUUUGUUUGAUUUAACACCUGAAAAUAUUGCAGGAAAAUAUCCUGGGAAAUCUGGCUUAGCAAUGCUGAUCCAUAUGGUCACAAAGGUGGCAAGAGAACUGCAACCGUCUGUCAUAUUCAUUGGAGGUUGUGAAAAAACAUUCGUCAAGAAAGCACCCAAAGGGGAUAAAACUGAUCCAAAGAGAUUAAAGAAAGAUUUACCGAAAAUAUUGAAGGGAUUCAAACCAGAAGAUAGGGUCGUUUUGGUUGGAACAUCUGUUUCUCCAUUUGAUGCAGAAUUGAAACCUUUUGUAAAAACAUAUGAGAGGAUUAUUCUUAUUCCAAGACCUGAUUACGCAUCAAGAUACAUUUUAUGGAAGCAUCUUAUCUUGGAACACAAUGGCAUUAUCACACAACAUCUUGAUGUCAGUAGUUUAACAAAAAUCACUGAUGGGUAUACGCAAGGUCAUGUUGUUGAAGCUGUCAAAUACAUCUUGACAGAAAGAAGAAUUUCUCAGCUUUCUAAGAAACCUCUUGCUGCCGUUGAAUUUGUUUCUCCACUUGCUCGAAUUGAUCCAAUUUAUAAAGAAGAAGAGGAAGCAUUUAAGUCUUGGUAUGGUAAAACUCCACUCGGCAAAAAGAGGGAAAAAUUAGCCAAAGGAGGAGAUGAAGAUGGAGAUGGCGGUGGAAAGAAAGGAAAAGGAAAGAAGAAGGGAAAGAAAGGAAAAAAGAAGAAGAAAUAAACUUUUGCUUUAUCAUGCUUUUUUCCGCAAGUUUCAGUUUGAUCCAGUGCUUUCAGUUUUGCCGAUCUAGACUUUCUUAACUCAAAUUAGAUAUCAUUUUAAUAUUUCGAUAUUCCAGAUUUUAAAAUCAUGGAAAAUAAGGAUAUUCUGUUUAAAAAUGUAAAUUGAUCCCAUCAGUAUUUGAAAAAAAUAAGGUUUUUGGUUAAUUAUUUCGAUUUUGAUUUUAUUUUUCCUCAACAAUUAUGUUGUGCUUUUUAAUUUUUUUGUCGGUUUCAGCUGGUAAGGUUUCAAUAAUGCGAGUGCAAAUUUUAUUAUGGUACUAAGAUUAAUUUACACCUAUAACACUGUAUGAAGACAUUUGAUAUGUAUUUAAUAUAUUAGAAACUAUUUUUGAAUUGUUUUUAUAAUAAAAAUGACAUUUGACACAAAAAAGUCUAAAA